UCGGGGGGGGAAAUAAUUCCCGUAUAAGCGCUCUUUGCAGGGCAGCCUGGGAAAGCAGGUUGUUGUAAAGAUGGCGGCCGCAGUGGGCAGAGCUCUGUCCUUCAGUACAAAGCUACUUGUGUCGCCUUUGAGGCUGACUGCUGUAUCUGCUCACCGUUACAGCGCAGAGGUUUCCGGUACCGGCGAGCCCAUCACUCACACUGGACAGGUGUUUGAUGAAAAUGAUUACAGGAGAGCCAGAUUUGUUGGCAGACAGAAAGAGCUAAAUAAGAACUUUGCCAUCAAGCUGGUGGCAGAGGAGCCAGUAACUGACAUCGAAGCCAGAGUGGUGUCUUGCGAUGGGGGUGGAGGAGCGCUGGGGCACCCCAAAGUCUACAUCAAUUUGGAUAAAGACACAAAAGUGGGAACAUGUGGCUACUGUGGAUUACAGUUCAAGCAGAAGCAUCAUCACUGAAACAUUUCCUCUGUCUGUGCUUCUCUGUAUAAAUCACCAUAUUGGUUAAUAAAUUAUAUCUUGUCUGUC